GGAAGGGGUCUAUACAUCUCUGAGGGGUUUCCCGAUCGCGUUAUUUUUCGUUUAAAAACCGACGUUUUUUCGUGAUUCGCAUUCAGUUAUAUUUUGAACUACGAGCUAACGCGGUGUCCAGCAUUAUGAAAUCGUUCAAUUUUUUAGUAUUUACAGUGUACGUUUUCAUUUUAUUUGUUCAGCCUGAAAAUGUUUUCGGAUUACCCGAUGUCAAUGCUGCUAGACCAAACAUCAUAAGCAGGAGUGACUGGCAUGCAAGACCAGCGAAUGGACACGAAUUGCUGAAAGUGACACCAACACCUUACGUGAUUGUUCAUCACGGAGGCUCACCGCAAUACUGUCACAAUAAAAACACAUGUUCCCAGAUCGUAAAAAGCUAUCAAAACUAUCAUAUGAAUAAUAACGGCUGGGCCGAUAUUGGUUACAACUUCAUCAUUGGCGAGGAUGGAAAUGUCUAUGAGGGUCGAGGUUGGAAAUAUGUCGGAGCGCAUGCACCUGGUUAUAACGCCAACAGCAUUGGAAUAUGUAUCAUUGGUGAUUUUACUAAUCGUCUUCCCAAUGAAGCAGCUCUGAAGGCACUGAAUGCAUUGAUUAGUUACGGAGUAUCCAAAGGGAGUAUCAGUCACAGUUACCACGUUCUACCACAUCGACAAGUCACAUCCACUGCCUGUCCAGGCACUAAACUAUACGAGUAUGUUAAGAAACUUCCACGAUGGACUAACAAUCCUACAAUAAAGUCCUCGUACGGAUUUUAUAUGCAGAAUUUAAUGCACAAUGUCAGUACAUCUCGGCGAACGAAGAUGAUCAAGUCAACAGUGAUAAUCUUUCUGCUCGUUAGUUGUCAAGUGUUCUUGUGUGCUGUGCAUAAGACGCCUGGUAAUAAACUGUUGCUUGAGAAUCUACGCCCAAAUAUAAUAUCGAGAUCACAAUGGGGAGCCAGGAGACCAAGCUCAGUCCGGAAUCUUGCGGAAGACCCUGCCCCAUUUGUUGUAAUUCACCAUUCAGACAGCGAUAGCUGCAUCACUCAAGCGAUUUGCCAAGCGAGAGUGAGAAGUUUUCAGAAUCACCAUAUGAAUAAUAAAAACUGGGCAGACAUAGGUUACAACUUUUUGGUUGGAGAAGAUGGAAACGUUUACGAAGGAAGAGGAUGGGGCAAACACGGUUCACAUUCGAAACCUUACAACUCGAAGAGCAUUGGAAUUUGCAUAAUUGGCAAUUUUAACAAUCAUAAUCCAAAUGCAGCAGCAGUAAAAGCAGUUCAGGAUUUGAUCGAAUACGGCGUGUCUCUUGGAAAGAUACAAGAAAACUACACGUUGCUUGGCCAUCGGCAAACAACGCAAACCACCUGUCCAGGUGACAGUCUCUAUCAAUUGAUUCAAACGUGGCCUCACUGGUCGUCAAACUAAUAAUAAUUUUUCAAUGGAAAGCAUUUCUACAGGACAAAAUUUAUUUCAAAAGCUGUGUUGUACAUGUCUUCGAUUCUCUGUUUUAAUGUCGAAAAUUAUUACGAAAUUAUUCUUUCACUAAUUAUACGUAAAGCGUUACAACACGAUUCACUGAAUUGUCAUAAGUAUCCUCCUCUGUCCUAACGCAAAUAUCCACGUGAGAGAAAUCGGGUGAAUUUGUCUUAACGUUGUUGUAAUGGCUCUUGUCUCUAGCCUGAGGAACACGAUGCAAUUAUGUUACAAUGAGAAUAAAAUAUCAACGUUUAAAACUA